AUGGCAUAUUAUAACCGCAACAAUUAGGGUUAUCAGUAGAGAGAAAUUUCUAAUAGUACCACUUAGGGUUGGUUUCCAAAUAGCUAAGAAAUCAAAAGGGGAGAAACAGCACCCACUGAAAAAGGGAAAAGAGAAAGGGUCAUAGCAAACAAUUAGCAAAAUGCUUAAUUAAUUUAAUUUAGUGCAGUUGCAGCUGCAUCAGGAUUCUAGUUAAGCAAUACAUCGAACUUAAAGGAAGCGAUAGGAAAAUUCAAGAGUUCACCAUAUUAUUCAAGUGUGGUAAAUUAACAAAACUAAAAGAAACAAUAGCAAUAGCAUUACUAGCAAUAGAAUUCUUAUUAAAGUAAUUAAGGCAUUGAUUUUGCUAAAAUGAGCAAGAAGGAACAUAUUCAAUAGAUUUCAAGGAUUUAUUAAAACAACCCUACAAAUAUUUUGCAUACAGUUUAGCAUAAUUCCAACAAUUUGCAAAGUGGUGGAGGAACAACCACAAAUAAAAAAGCUUAAACAAAUAAUCACGGAUUAGAUCCUUAUAGCAGCAACAACAUUCCUUAAUAAAGAUAUAGCUUUAAAUUACCGCAAAGACCAUCUACUUCACAUGAUUAGCAAUCAGUUUAGCGUAAGUAAAAUCAAAUUUAAACAACAACUUAGUAUAGAAAUACGCAAAUGAGUAUAACUAAUACAGAUGGAUUUGGAUUAAAAAAGCCAUCAACACCAGGAACAGGUUCCCGUGUGGCAACAGCAGGCUAAAGAGGAAGUAAGCUAUUGAAUACGAGCGGGAAUUCCUUAUUAAAUUCUUCUUUGAAUGCUGGAAUAUCUUCUAAAGGGUAAUAAUAGCAUCAAAAUCUUAACACAUUGCAUCCACUAUAAAUAAGAAAUACUUCAGCUGGCGUUACUUUAAAAAGUAAUGCUUAGAGAAGAGAAACCUUUGCAAGUAAUACGAGCAAUAAUUAAAAUACUAGUUUUAACAAAGAAGUAAGCAAUCAUAGGUAAGAUUUAUUACCUAAAUAUAACACACAUCAAGAUGGAGAUUUCAAAUAAAACCAUGACACUGAACAUAAAACGAAUACAGAAUAAUAUCCAAAUCAAAACCAAUAAGUUAAAGUUCAUCAUACUGAAUUUAAGAAAGACUCCAAGCUCAAAUAAAAUUUUUUCACUCACGAGAAUUUCUACAGUUAAGGCUCUACUUCUUCAUAAAAGCAAGAUAACUCAGAUAAAAAAUCAUCACUUAAUAAAUCUGGUGCAGCAAACAAUAAUACGUUCCUUAAUGAAUCAUUCUCUAACAAACAGUAAAACUCAAAAAGUUAACAAUAACAGUAAUUAUUGAAAAUAGCUCUCCCAUAAGAGAUGAACACUUCCUAAUAAAUGUAAUACUAGCAAAAUAGCAAUUAUUUUGAUAAUAAUUCAGAAGAAAAUACACCUCGAAUUAUCGUUACUGGAAACUAGAAAUAAUAAACUCAUAAGAUUUAGUUCAUAGAGAAUAGUUUCACUAAAUAUGGUGAAGAUGAAGAUGAAACUACCACUAAAAGUAAGAAUAUAAAAUAAAAAUAAAGGAGCAAAGCUAAUGAUGAUCAGUACAUACCAAGUGAUGAUAAAAAUUAAUAAAGACACUCUCAUAAUCAUGAAGAAGAAGGUGAUGAUGAACACGAAGAUGACUAAGAAGAUGAUGAAGAAUACUAUUAGAAUUAUUAUAAUCACCACAAUGAAGAAGAUAAUGAAUAUAGAUAAUAGUAUGCUGUCCCUUAUGAUGAGGAUGACGAAGAUGAAGAAGAGUAUGACGAAGAUGAUGAAUAGGAAGAUAAUGAUGAAGAUGAGGAAAAUUACCAUCAUGAAGAUUAAGAAAAUGACAACCAUCAUUAGAAUUACUAAUACUUUUAACAUGGUCAAAAUAAAGCAGACUCUUCUGAUGAGCAUUAGCUAUAAAAUUUCAUUUAAGAUGUAGGUGAUGAUUUUUAGUGUCAAUAGCAUGAAGAAGAUGAUUAGUUUGGAGAAAAAAAUAUACAAAAGUACAUGAAAGAAAAGGUUUAAAACUAAAAAGAAUCAAUCAAGAUAAAUACAAACACCUUCUCUGUUCGUCCUAUGACAACUGAAGGAGGAAAGAGAAGAAGAGGAGUGGAAACUCCAGUAUAAAACUAGUAAAAAUAAGUUGAAAGUAAAGAUAGCAAUAAAGAUUAAAAUAUAGCAUGCUAGCAAUAGCAGAAAGCAGAUUAAUUUGAUUUCCAUUCUUAAGCUCUAAGAAGAUAAUCUCAGAAAGAGAAUUUUAAUGGCCUUGAGGAAGACCAUUAAAAUCAAGACUCAUUCAACGACGAUUAACACUAUGGACAAGAAUUUAGAAUAGACUUCGAUACAUAGCAAUUUGAAAGACCACCAGAAAGAGGCAAAUAAUAUAUAGGAAAUAGAGGUCCUAUUAAAGUAGAUCAUGAUCUCAUUAAGGAGGACAGUUUUUUCAAGGAUUGCCAAGCUAUAGGUAAGCGCCCACCUUCUCGUCACAGAAUUCCUAAUAGAGCUGCAGGUUUAGGAAUACCAACUUAAGAUUUAUAAGAAAUUCCGAUAAAAAAUAUGUAUGAUAAGGAUGAACCUGAAGAUCAUGUUAGUGAUCAAAAUAGAAAAUUCCUUGAGGGACAAAAAUUAUAGUUAGAUAAAGUAAAAUAGUCAUAUGACAGUGAAGAGGCUUUUAUUAAUUUUGAUAUUAGAAAUUUUGGGGAAAAUCAGAGUCGUAAAAAUUCUAGCAGAUAGCCAGUACCAAUAAUUCCUAAAACUGUGAAUAAUCAAAGACCUAUGUCUGGUAAUGUCAAAACAAGAGCAUUAAAUAAAAAAGAAAGUUUUGAUCAAGGUAUGAAUAUUAAUUUACCUGAAAAGACGAACUUAAACAACGAGUAAACCUCAAAGAUACCAAAUCACCCUGUUUCUGCAAAAUACCCAAAAAAGAGUGGCUCAAUAAAUUAAAAAGAAAAUGAUUAACUUUGGGAUGAAUUUGAUGAAAUUCUAAACGAUAAAUAAGCAAAUAAAAACAUAAUAAGAAAACUUGAGGGCUCAGACAUACUAAUCAAGCAUAAUGUUUCAUCAACAAUAAAUAGUAAAGCUUCAAACUCUAAUAGCUAAUCUAUUAAAGUUCCAUUUGAAACUAGUCUUGGCUAAGACUUUUUGAGUCUUUUUGCUAACAAUUAUAACGAAAAUUGA